CAGGUGUGGGUGGGGGAGCUGUGUGGCAGGGCAGGGCAUGGGGCCAACUGCCCGGGCAUGGGGCAGGGGCCACAUCCUAGGAUGAGCCCUGUGCACAUCUGGCCAGCACCUCCUGGACUUGCCCCCUUCUGUGUGGGGGGUGUCUCCCCCUGCUCCCUUCUGCGGGGCACCCCUUCGCCCGCGCUCACCCCAGCCCUCAACGCCAGCGCAAGGCUGAUGGGGCCUUUCCUGAUCCAGCCUAGCAGAGGGGCACCGGGCAGGCGCAUCCCCUGUGGCAGCCUCCCCGAGAGCCCGGCCACCCCAUUGCCCCUGCCCGGCCACUGGGUCUGGGGCCGGUGCCCAGGAGCAGGGUGUGAUGGACUAGGGGCUGAGGCACCGGGGUCCCAUCCAGCUCUGGGCGCUGGUCUGGGAUGCUGGGGUCCAGGCAGGGUCAAGGGAGGCUGGGGCGUGGGGCCCGGGCUCUGAUGUGUGUCUCUUUGCCCAGCAGAGCCAUGCUGGCCAACGCGGCCACGAUGCGGAUCUUGGUCCGGGGGGGCAAGGUGGUGAACGACGACUGCACGCUGGAGGCGGACGUGUACAUCGAGAACGGCGUCAUUCAGCAGGUGGGCCGCGAGCUCAUGAUCCCCGGCGGCGCCAAGGUCAUCGACGCCACGGGCAAGCUGGUCCUGCCUGGUGGCAUCGACACCAGCACCCACUUCCACCAGACCUUCAUGAACGCCACCUGCGUGGACGACUUCUACCACGGCACCAAGGCUGCCCUGGUCGGGGGCACGACCAUGAUCAUCGGGCACGUGCUGCCGGACAAGGAGAUGUCGCUGGUGGAUGCCUAUGAAAAGUGCCGGAGCCUGGCUGACCCCAAGGUUUGCUGUGACUACGCCCUGCACGUUGGUAUCACCUGGUGGGCGCCCAAGGUGAAGGCAGAGAUGGAGACGCUGGUGCGGGAGAAGGGGGUGAACUCGUUCCAGAUGUUCAUGACCUACAAGGACCUGUACAUGCUGCGGGACUGCGAGCUUUACCAGGUCUUCCGCGCCUGCCGUGACGUGGGCGCUGUCGCACGUGUCCACGCUGAGAACGGCGAGCUGGUGGCAGAGGGUGCAAAGGAGGCGCUGGACCUGGGCAUCACAGGGCCAGAGGGCAUCGAGAUCAGCCGGCCAGAGGAGCUGGAGGCUGAGGCCACGCACCGUGUGAUCACCAUCGCCAACAGGACCCACUGCCCUGUGUACCUGGUCAACGUGUCCAGCAUGUCGGCCGGGGAUGUCGUGGCGGCUGCCAAGAUGCAAGGGAAGGUGGUGUAUGCCGAGACCACCACAGCCCACGCCACGCUGACGGGCUUGCACUACUACCACCAGGACUGGUCCCAUGCCGCAGCCUACGUCACCGUGCCUCCCCUGCGCCUGGACACCAACACCUCCAACUACCUCAUGAGCCUGCUCGCCAACGACACCCUGAACAUCGUGGCCUCAGACCACCGGCCGUUCACGACCAAGCAGAAGGCCAUGGGCAAAGAGGACUUCACCAAGAUCCCCCAUGGCGUCAGCGGCGUCCAGGACCGCAUGAGCAUCAUCUGGGAGCGCGGCGUGGUUGGGGGCAAGAUGGAUGAGAACCGCUUUGUGGCCGUGACCAGCUCCAACGCCGCCAAGAUCCACAACCUGUACCCACGCAAGGGCCGCGUCAUCCCCGGCGCCGACGCUGACAUCGUUGUCUGGGACCCCGAGGCCACCAAGACCAUCUCGGCUAGCACCCAGGUGCAGGGAGGGGAUGUGAACCUGUACGAGAACAUGCGGUGCCACGGGGUGCCGCUGGUCACCAUCAGCCGCGGGCGCGUGGUCUACGAGAACGGCGUCUUCAUGUGCGCCGAGGGCACUGGCAAGUUCUGCCCCCUCCGCUCCUUCCCAGAUGCUGUCUACAAGAAGCUCGUGCAGCGGGAGAAGAGUUUAAAGCUUAAGGGUGUGGACCGCACCCCAUACCUGGGGGACGUGGCUGUGGUGAUGCAUGCUGGGAAAAAAGAGACGGGGACUCCCCUGGCAGACACCCCGACCCGGCCGGCCACGCGACACGGGGGCAUGAGGGACCUCCACGAGUCCAGCUUCAGCCUGUCUGGUUCUCAGAUCGAUGACCACGUUCCAAAGCGAGCGUCGGCCCGGAUUCUCGCUCCCCCCGGAGGCCGCUCGAGUGGCAUUUGGUAACGCCGGUGACGCGUCUCCCGACUGAGCCGCAGCCCGGCCCCGCGCCCGCCCAAUGUAAGGCCACGCACCAGCCACGGCUCCGGCUCCUUCCUUGCAGGCGGGCGGGCAGGCGCGGGGCCCUGCCCUGUGCUUGGCUGGGGGCUGGGGGCGGGCGCAGGCCAGUGGGGGCAGGGGGCUCUCCGGGCUGCCCCCUUUUCUGUUUGCACGUUGGGUUUGGAUCCGUGACUUUUGACUUGUUUGUGCAUCACGUGGAAAAUAAUCGGAGGUGGUUUGUGUCACUAGCAUUAGGGGGGGAAGCACGAGAAACGCGGGGUCCGGGCAGGCGCCGGGGGGGGCCGAGCUCUGCACCAUCUCCCCGGGCAGCAGGCUUUGGCCCAUGACACCCAGAAAACAAAGCCCCUGCCCGGGUGCAGCUGAGCCCCCUGUGGCACGUGGGGUCUGGGUUCAAGCCCCAGCAGAUCUAGCGGGGUGGGGGGCUGGGAGCCUGGACGCCUGGGUUCCCCCCUUGCCGUUAGGAGGGGAGGGAGUGGGGUCUGGGGGUCAGAGCUGGGAGCCAGGACGCCCGGGUUGUCUCCCGGCAGCACCCUGCCCCGGGGCUGCGCCGGGGGGUGCGGGGACGUGGUGGGAAAUGGAGGUAAAUGCCCGACCCCCCUCGCUCAGCGGGGCCAGGGCUGCUGCAGGAAGGAGCUGGGCUGAGCCCCCAGCAGCCACGGGGUCCUCGGCGCUGCCCUGGAGCAGCCCCUUGCUCAGCCCACGGGACCGGUGGGCAGGAUCCAGCGAAGCUGGGAACGGGUCCGGCUGCGCCCGCCCCCCGCCUGGCCUGAGGGGCAGGGGGGACCUGGGGGCCACAGGGCCUCCAAGGCAAGAGUCCGGCCGUGGGGGGGUGCAGCCCCACGGCGGGGCCAGGCUGCCUGAGGGCAGCCCCAGGAGCUGCCGGGGAGCCCCUAGAGCCUGGCCUGGGCUGUGGGGGGUCUCCGGGGCCCCGAGCCAGGCCAGGGCCAGGCCUGUCGCUGGCAUGUGCAGCCGCGAGGGAGGCGAGGCGGCCAAGACCCCCCCGGCCUCAGCGUCAGCCACGAAGCCGUCGGCCAUGGUGCUACUCCGUGCCGCCGACAGGCCGCACGUCCCCGCCGGCCCGGGCUGGGGCUGGGGCCGGGCCCCGCGUUUCUCCGCCGCGUUCCCUCGGGGUAGCGUGAACUGUGAGCUGUGACUUGUGCACUUUCCCCACUAGUUGGUCCCGUAGGUGUGUGAGCGCCCGGUGGGCGGCAGGUCCCCGGGCCCCUCCUGCCCCCUUCCUCCCCCGGCCCUCGUUAGGACCCCGCAGUGCGUUGUUUGCUCAUUAAAGGUCGUUCUCACGG